CUGAUCCUGCAGCAGCUAAUGUAAAGGGGAAGGAGAGGAUCGAAAAGCUGCGCGAUCGCAAGGUUUUCCCAUAAUGCAUCGGUGGGGGGAAGAAAAAACGCAGACAGUGGAGUCCAUGAUGGCGGCUGACAGCGAUCCCGAGUCCGAGGUGUUUGAGAUCACAGAUUUCACCACUGCCUCGGAGUGGGAAAGGUUCAUUUCCCGGGUGGAAGAAACAUUAAAUGACUGGAAGUUGAUUGGCAGCAGUGUGGGGAGACCCCAGGAGAAGGGUGAAUACACAAGCGGCACCUGGGACGAAAAAACACAGGAAAUCAAUUUUGCGGAUUUCAGGUUCACCAUAACGCAUCAUCACCUUAAACAGGAAGUCCCAGAGAAUACUGGGAAGGGGGAGCCAGAAGAAGACGCCAUCCCCCAGGCUAUACAGGACCUGCUGUGCAUGAACAAUGACUUUCCGCCCAGGGCGCACUGCCUUGUCAGAUGGUAUGGCAUGCGUGAAUUUGUCAUCAUAUCACCGGGGACCAACUGUGAGGCCAUCAUCAGCGAAUCCAAGUGCAACCUGCUGUUCAGCUCCAUAUCCAUUGCCUUGGCCAACACAGGCUGCCAGGUGCCUGUGUUUGUCCAGAUCCAGCAGAAGUGGCGCCGCAUGUAUGCCGGGGAGUGCCAGGGACCGGGUGUGCGCACUGACUUCGAGAUGGUGCACCUGCGCAAAGUGCCAGGACAGUAUCGCCACCUGUCAGGCCUGCUGGACAUCUUCAAGUCCAAGAUAGGCUGCCCUCUAACCCCGCAACCCCCCGUCAACAUCGCUAUUCGCUUCACCUACGUCCUCCAGGACUGGCAGCAGUACUCCUGGCCCCAGCAGCCUCCUGAUUUUGACGCCCUUCUGGGUGGAGAGGUUGGGGGGGUGGAGUUUGGCAAGCUGCCAUUUGGAGCGUGCGAGGACCCUAUCAGUGAGCUGCAUCUCGCUACCACUUGGCCCCACCUGACGGAGGGCAUCGUCGUGGACAAUGAUGUCUAUUCAGACUUGGAUCCUCUUCAGGCUCCUCAUUGGUCAGUACGGGUUAGAAAGGCAGACAACCCCCAGUGCCUUCUGGGCGACUUCCUGACGGAGUUUUUCAGGGUGUGCUGUCGGAAGGAGUCCUCCGAGGAGAUCCUGGGGAGGAACGCUGUGGAAGAAGAGGGCAAGGAAAAUGCUGACAUCAGCCAGGCGCUGUCCAAGUUGACAGAGCCCAGUGCCGUGCCCAUCCCUAAGCUCUCCGUGUCCAACAUGGUGCACAGCGCCCGCAAGCGCAUUCGUAGGCACCGGCGGCCCGAGGAAUCGCCACUCAAUAACGACGUGCUCAACUCUGUGCUGCAGUACCUCUUUCCCGAUGCUGCGGAGGGGGGGGCUGGCCGUGCCGCACCGGUGAAUCCCAACGGCGGAGUGGACAAGGACUCAGAGGACUAUAGCCUGUUCAGCCAGCUGAAGUCGGCCCCCGCGGACAGCCUGACCUACCGGCUAGCCCUCUGCCUCUGCAUGGUGAAUUUCUACCAUGGUGGUGUGCGCGGGAUGGCCCACCUCUGGCAGGAGUUCGUGCUGGAGAUGCGCUACCGCUGGGAGAACAGCCACAUGGUGCACGGGUUGGCGAGUGGCGUCCCAGACCUCCGGUGCUGCCUCCUGCACCAGAAACUCCAGAUGCUUAACUGCUGUAUCGAGAGGAAGAGAGCAAGGGAUGAUGGAAGGAAGGCCAGUGGCACAGAAGUUGCCAGGGAGAGGAAGAUUUCCGGGUAUGAUGAGGGCCAGCAGGGCGCUGAGGGGGCAGCGGGGGUGGGGCUCUCGCAAGGCAAGUCCUGGGACUCCUGGAGCGACAGCGAGGAUGAGUUCUUCGAGUGCCUGAGCGACACGGAGGAGCUAAAGGAGGCGGGGCCUGAUGGGGAGAGAGGGAGCGGCACAAAGCCAGAGGGGCGGCUGCACCCCCACGGCGAGAUGACCCUGCUGAGGUCGCAGGAGCCGCUCUACAUCCCCAUCACGCAGGAGCCAGCGCCCAUGACGGAGGACCUGCUGGAGGAGCAGUCGGAGGUCCUGGCCAAGCUGGGCACGUCAGCAGAGGGCGCCCAUUUGCGGGCACGCAUGCAGAGUGCCUGCCUGCUGUCCGACAUGGAGUCUUUCAAGGCAGCGAACCCCGGCUGUGUCCUGGAGGACUUUGUGCGCUGGUACUCGCCGCGAGACUACGUGGAGGAGGAGGUGCUGGAUGAGCGGGGAGAAGCGGUCGUCCGUGGUGACCUGAGCGCCCGCAUGAAGAUCCCCGGGAAUAUGUGGGUGGAGGCCUGGGAGACGGCCAAGCCCAUCCCGGUGCGGCGACAGCGUCGACUGUUCGACGACACGAAGGAGGCGGAGAAGGUGCUGCAUUACCUGGCGGUGCAGAACCCAGCCGACCUGAGUCGGCACCUUCUGCCCUGCAUGCUCCACGCUGCCAUCCUGAAGCUCAAAGAGGAGGAAGCAGCUGAGGACAUCCCAUCUGUGCGCCGGGCCACCCAGCAGCUCCUGGUCAACGCCGGCAAACUGUUGCGUCACCCGUCCCCCGACUACAAGAAGAUGGAGGAUCUCAUAAACCAAGUGAUGGAGGUCGAGACGGUUAUUGCCCGCGCCCGCUCCCUGAAGGCCAAGUUUGGAAUCGACGCAGGCGAGAAUGGGGGUGACGUGGAAGAACUGAAGAGGUUUGCCAGUGCGCUGCUGGAGGAGCCCGAGGUGUCAGUGGUGGGUGCUGGGAGGGGCCCCGCGGGCACGAUCAUCCAUCAGCUGUUCGUCAACGCCCAGAAGCUGGCUGACUCUACUGAUGAGACGGCGCUCUCAGCUCCCAUGGAUGACGACCUUGGGAGGGGGGGCCGGCCUGAGGACAGCAAGCACGGGGGGAGCAGCGAUUUCCCACCACCGGCGGGAAAGGAGAUCCUGCUUCGGACAUGCGUGCCGCGCCCCGCACCCUACUCCAAAGAGCUGCCCCAGCGCAUGUUCUGCGUGCUCAUGAGGGAUGACUUCCGACUGGCUGGAGCGUUCUCCUCAGACACCUCCUUCUUCUGAGGCACCUUGCAGGCCACAGCUGACGUGUACUUUCACAAACAUGGGCCAAUCAAGUAUUAAAUAGGGAAGGUUUUGAUUGGCUCAUGCUUUACAGAUAGCACAUGGUAGCUAUGCUACUGGUGGGAUUCUUGUGACCUCCCAACUAGACAGUAAGGAAUAACACUGGCUGAAUCAGUCUGUUCAGGUUAUGUCCUGGUGGGCUACAAGGACCUUCUAAAUAAAAGAACCUAGUACAGCUUCAGAAUUCAACUGCAGACAUUUCAAGACAUUGUUUGGCUGCAAACUUGUGAUCGUGAACAGUCCAUAGAAAACCUAGCUUUUAAUGGAAGUAACUGACAUAAAGGAGGGAAUCAUCUGUUGUGACUAUAGAGCAUAUUCUUACAAUCAUUUGCAGAGACUGUCCACCCUGGCCUAAGGCGGCGUCACUCUGCUGCAGGUGAUGUAGCUGUACAGCCAGUUCUCCUGUCACCUCACAUACAACUGAAAAAGUCAAAAAGCAAAGAAAAAAACACCACAGUAGCAGAAGUGCCACUCCUGACUGUUGUAUUAAAUUACUGGCUGACCUUA